AGGCCAGGUUCUCCGUUUUACACGGAAACAGGGUCGACGGAGUUUCCAAAAACCUUCACCCUAGAAACAGUUUUCUUAAAGAGGCUGCUGCUGUGACCCUAAACGAGGUUAGCGUCUGUACCGAAGGUCAGGGCCUUUAUUUUGAAAGGACGUGUGGAUUUAUGUCCAGGCGGAACCUUUGUACUUGUCGUUGUUUUUACACGGACUAGCAGCACCGCAGACAUGGCGACCUGCUCACGGAUUGUGUGGAGAGUUUUAACAGGAAGUCAGAGGCAGCUCAGAGGCUCCUCCCACAAAGAUGUGAUACAGAGGAGCGUACCUGUGAGGACUUUUGCUGCCUUCAAAGCCAUGAAGAAGAAGAGGGAGGAGGAGAAGGAGGUGAAGAAGGAGAAGAGGGUGAUCGAUGAUAAAGACAGACACAAACCGUUUGGGAAGACGGCGUGGGUGCCUGUUGAUGACGUGUAUGUGAUGAGGUUUUACCCGAGAAUUAUCCACGCCCCUGCAGACGCCAUCGACCUGCUGAAGAGCUACCAGGUUUUAGACUUUACUCCAAAAGAUCAGCCGGUUUACAUCGACCUGAAACUGAACAUGUUGCUGGAGAAGAAGAAAAGAGUGGAUCCGUUCGUCAGCAUCAUUCAGCUUCCUCACAUCUUCAAGACGAAGAUCAACAAAGUUUUAGUUUUCACUGAGGAUGCCAACCAGGUGAGGGAGGCUCAGGUAAACGGAGCGAUGAUGGCAGGAGGAGCAGAGCUCAUUCAGCCGAUUUUGGACGAUGAAAUUUCUGCAGAUUUUUACGUGGCGGUUCCAGAUAUGAUGCAGAAAAUUCUCCCACUGAAGAACAAACUGAGGAAAAAAUUUCCAAAGAACAAACGAGGAUCGGUUGGAACAAACAUUCCUAAAAUGUUGGAUUUGUUUAAAACUGGCCAUGAGUUUAUGGUGGAGAGCGAGUGCUUCAUCAGGACCCAGAUUGCUACGCUCGACAUGGACAAAGAUCACAUCUACGAAAACCUGAAAUUGAUCCUGAAGGACGUCUGCACACGCCGACCAGCUGACAUGGGUCCGUUCAUCGAGAGGGCGAUCAUAGCGAGUCAAACCAGCGAGGCGUUGUGGUUCAGGAGCGAAGAUGUGUUACUGAACCCUGCUGAGGAGGGGGAGGAGCUAAAGGAGGCGUGACCUGAUGUGUGAUAAAUGAUUAGAAUAUUAACUGUGAUAUGAACCUAUUCAUUUAUAUCUAUUCACAUAUUAAUCUGUUUAAA